AUGCUGAGGAGAAAGAUAUAUUUGUAUCGCUGCUCUGACUGUGGGAAGAGUUUUAGGGAUUCAGGAACCCUGAAAAGACACCAGCGAAUUCACACAGGAGAGAAACCAUAUUCCUGCUCUGACUGUGGGAAGAGUUUCAUUCAGUCAGGACACCUGAAAAGACACCAGCGAAUUCAUACUGGAGAGAAACCAUUUCGCUGCUCUGACUGUGGGAUGAGUUUCAGUCAUUCAGGAGACAUGAAAAAGCACCAACGAAUUCACACAGGAGAGAAACCGUAUUGCUGCUCUGACUGUGGGAAGAGUUUCAGUUUUUCAGGAGACAUGAAAAAACACCAGAGAAUUCACACAGGAGAGAAACCGUAUCACUGCUCUGACUGUGGGAAGAGUUUCUGUUUUAAAACCAAUCUUCAUACACACCAACAAAUUCACACAGGAGAGAAACCAUAUCACUGCUCUGACUGUGGGAAGAGUUUCCGUUUGAAAACCAACCUUCAUAUACACCAACGAAUUCACACAGGAGAGAAACCGUAUCACUGCUCUGAUUGUGGGAAGAGUUUCUGUACUAAAAAUGACCUUCGAGUACAUCAACAAAUUCAUACAGGAGAGAAACCGUAUUGGUGCUCUGACUGUGGCAAGCACUUCCGUCAGGCAGGAGCUCUGAAAUCACACCAGCGAAUUCACAACGGUGACAAAGCCCAUGUUCAUUCAGAACGAAACCUUAACCUUGCAUUAUGAGUCCCUGUGUAAUUUACUGUUUUGUGUAUCGCUCUAAGAGCUUGAUUUUUAAAUGGUCAAAAUGCUCUUCAAGAACUUAAACUCUGAUUGUGUCAGAAAGUUGGCGGAGACGCGGACACGUCACAAGAGGCUUCUCUGCUGUCAGUUUAACUCAGGCUGUCAAUGCAGUCAUAAGAACAUAAGAAAGUUUAACAACGAGAGGAGGCCAGUCAGCCCCUCUUGCUCGUUUGGUUGUUAGUAGCUUAUUGAUCCCAGAAUCUCAUCGAGCAGCUUCUUGAAGGAUCCCAGGGUGUCAGCUUCAAUAACAUUACUGGGGAGUUGGUUCCAGACCCUCACAAUUCUCUGUGUAAAAAAGUGCCUCCUAUUUGCUGUUCAACAACAGAUAUUAUUAUUAUUAUUUAUUUCUUAGCAGACACCCUUAUCCAGGGCGACUUACAAUUGUUAGAAGAUAUCCCAUUAUACAGAUAUCACAUUAUUUUUACAUACAAUUACCCAUUUAUACAGUUGGGUUUUUACUGGAGCAAUCUAGGUAAAGUACCUUGCUCAAGGGUACAACAGCAGUGUCCCCCACUGGGGAUUGAACCCACGACCCUCCGGUCAAGAGUCCAGAGCCCAGAGCCCUAACCACUACUACUGUUCUGAAUGCCCCUUUAUCUAAUCUCCAUUUGUGACCCCUGGUCAUUGUUUCUUUUUUCAGGUCAAAGAAGUCC